UAAAAAAAAAAUUGUUGUUUUGAAUGUUGGCUAUGUUGAGUAACUUUUGAAAUGGUUAUGUAUGUAUUUAAAGAUUGAUUUAACAAUUUGCAAACUACUGGAAUGUAACAAUGAAGUUUCGAGCGGAAAUGACCGAAAUUUUGUGUAUGAAGCAAUUUGCAAAUAUUAUAGAAACACUUUCCAAAUUUACCAAACUAUGUGUCAUACGAAUCUGCGAAGACAAGAUAUACUUCAUCGUCCUGGACGACUCCUGCAUCGGAGACCAUCCCCUUAUUUGGUGCGUGCUGGAACAAGCUAACUUCUUCCGACGACAUUGUGUGGUCGGAUUGAAUGAAAACAACAAUGAAAUAUUCUUGGAGUUUGAACCAGAUAUGAUGGCAAAGUCAUUGAAUUUUCUGAAAUCCUCUCAAGUUGCAGAAUCUCUGACAAUAAAGCUAACUAACAAGCAAUCACCAUGUCUGACAUUUGAAGUGAAUUUGACAUCAACAACUCUGGGGCGGAUGUGUGUGCAUGAUAUUCCAGUCACCGUUGUGCCUCACAAGCAGUGGCGAUUGUUUGUCCAGCCAGAAAUGCCUCGCUUCAAUGUGAAGAUUGAGUUGCCAAACUUGAAACUUCUUCGCAGUGUCGUAGAGAGGAUGAAAACACUUAAUACGAGAGUGACAAUAAUUGCUUCCGAUAAUGGUGAAUUAGUUUUCAAAGUGGAAACUAUGAUGGCUGACAUGGCCACUCAUUUUAAAAACCUUUCCGUUCUUGAUAAGGAAGCAAAAGAUUUAUCACAGACUGCAUCAGUACAAGUCGACAUCAAGAAGUUAUUGGACUUUCUUACUUGCGAGCAACUUCACCCGCAAAAUGUAACUUGUAAUAUACUGAACAAGAAAAUGGCUGACUUUUACCUGGUUCAUGAUGAUUUUAACUUGCAUUUUAUACUGCCUUCAGUUUUGGCGUGACUGACUAUAAUUUAUCUCUGGUAAGACUUGAGCACAUAUAUGUAUGUAUGUUAGAGAUCUCUAAAAAUACUAUAUAUAAAAUUUAAUACUUUUAGCUUUAUUUUGGUAUGUUUAUUUUCCCAUGAAUCCAAAAUUUAUUUAAACAAUUUUUUAAAAUUUUAUGAAUUGUAGAUGUUAAAUAUGUUCUUUUGUGUGGCUGGUCAAUAGUAGAAAAUGGACUUUUAUUAAGAUAUUUUGAUGUAGUCAUUGCAUUUUAUAGACACGGUGUCCACAUAAAUUGUGAAAUUUGUGUGACUUUUUAAAAAAAUUAUUUACCCAUUUUGUGGUUUUCUGAAAUAAAUAAAAUCCAACCUUCA